AUGGACCGCACAAUCAACCGUCGUCCACCGGGAUUCAAGUUUCCGGUCAACCUCAACGGCGACAGUGAAGAAGGAGGAGAUAAUGACGUCUACGUUCGCGAGGAGAGGAGAGAAAUGAAUUUCUUCACUGAUAAUAGACAACAGCAAGGAGACGAUGAUCCAGACAGCCGACGACAACGAGUUUCUCCUGAUGAUAGAAUGAAAUUCAAUGUCAAUACUAGAUUGCACCUUUUAACUGGAAAUACGAGUAGCGAAUCGAUGGUUGACGAUGAUAUUUCAGCUAAUUCUGAAGAUAGAAGAGCAAAAAACGAGUUGGCAGUCGUACAGGCGGAGUUAGAGCGGAUGAAAAUGGAGAAUAACCGUCUGCAAGAGAUGCUGGAUCAGCUAACCGCCAGUUACAAUUCACUUCGUGAGAUUCAUUUCAUCACGCUUAUGCAGCAACAACAGCAGCAGGGCCAAAAGCCGGAACAAAUCGAUACCGGUGAAAGCGACGGCGAUAAUAAACUCGGCACUGUUCGACAGUUUCUGGAUCUUGGACAGGCUACGGCAGCAGAUGACGAUAACUCUCCCCCACCGUCCUCUUCUUCUGAUGGGAGAGGUGAGCGAUCGAGAUUGACAGUUCAUAAUGCGGAGACGACGUACGAUCGCGAUAGUCCUGAAGAGAACGUGUCCAGUCAGGGUUGGGGCCCGAACAAGAGUCCCAGAUUGAAUAGUAAUACCGCAACUUCUUCCAAGGGUGCUUCUGAUCAUCAAGCCGUCGAGGCCACCAUGAGAAAAGCUCGAGUUUCUGUUCGAGCCCGAUCAGAAGCCCCCACGAUUGCAGACGGAUGUCAAUGGAGGAAAUAUGGACAAAAGAUGGCUAAAGGAAACCCAUGUCCUCGAGCUUAUUACAGGUGCACUAUGGCCGCCGGUUGCCCGGUCAGGAAACAGGUACAAAGAUGUGCAGAAGAUAGAACGAUUCUGAUAACAACAUACGAAGGUAACCAUAACCACCCUUUGCCUCCUGCAGCCAUGACAAUGGCAUCGACCACCUCUUCAGCUGCCCGAAUGCUUCUGUCUGGAUCAAUGCCUAGCGCAGAUGGAAUAUCAAACAACAACUUCUUUUCAAGAACACUCCUCCCAUGUUCAUCAAGCAUGGCUACAAUCUCAGCCUCCGCCCCUUUUCCAACCAUCACUUUAGACCUGACCCAAAACCCAAAUUCAUUGCAACAAUUCCAGAAACCCCCACAACCUAUCCAAUUCCAACUCCCUUUCCCAAAUCAAACUUCAAAUUUCGGAGCAACAAAUGGGAUGCCUCUUAAUUUGUCGCAGAUUUUGGGACAGACACUUUAUAAUCAAUCCAAGUUCUCCGGCCUACAGAUGUCUCAUGAUAUGACAUCGCCCGUCGGUCACCAACUUCCAACUCAGCCGCUGCUUCAACCCUCUUUGGCCGAUACUGUCACUGCCUUGACCGCUGACCCCAAUUUCACUAAUGCUCUUGUUGCGGCCAUAAGUUCAAUCAUUGGGAAUGCUACUCCAAAUAGCUCCGGAAACACUAGUAGUGCCGCCGGCGCCGGCGCCAAUGUCACAGGUAACGACAAUAAUGGCCCUCCUCCGAUCUGAAUGAAGGUUAAUUAAUUAAAGUUGAAGAUUAUGAUUAUGGUUUUGUUUUGGUGGCUAGAGCUAUCAUGCUAGCUAAUUAAGAAGAAAAAAGAGUUUUGUUUGA